AUGACUAUGAGCAACGGCAAUGGUAUCUCUUCCGAGAAGAAACCUUUCAGGAUCUUCGUUGGUUACGAUCCACGCGAGGAUCUUGCUUUCCAAGUCUGUCGCCAUUCCAUCACCAAGAGGUCUUCGAUCCCGGUCGAGAUCACACCGAUCGUUCAAUCGGAUCUCAGGAAGAAAGGUCUGUAUUGGAGAGAGCGAGGGCAGCUCGAGAGCACUGAGUUCUCUUUCUCUCGUUUCCUCACUCCACACUUGUCCGAUUACCAAGGUUGGGCCAUGUUCGUCGACUGUGAUUUCCUCUACCUUGCCGACAUCAAGGAGCUCACCGAUCUCAUCGAUGACAAAUACGCAAUCAUGUGCGUUCAACACGAUUACACCCCCAAAGAGACCACCAAGAUGGACGGUGCCGUCCAGACUGUGUACCCGAGGAAGAACUGGUCCUCCAUGGUGCUUUACAACUGUGGACACCCCAAGAACAAGACCUUGAGCCCCGAGACCGUUAACACUCAGACCGGUGCUUUCCUCCAUAGGUUCCAGUGGCUACAAGACCAAGAGAUUGGGUCCAUUCCCUUUGUGUGGAACUUCCUUGAAGGGCACAACAGGGUCGUUGAGAACGAUCCCACCACGCACCCUAAGGCCGUGCAUUAUACUCGUGGAGGGCCCUGGUUCGAUGCUUGGAAGAAUUGCGACUUUGCCGAUCUCUGGCUCAAUGAGAUGGAAGAGUACAACAAGAGAGAAGCCCAUGUGGCCAGUUAG